AAUGCCAAAACCAAUGCCGGCAACUUAUACAUACAUACACAGAAGAACAGAGAGAUAGAUAAUAGAGAGGGAGAGGGAGAGAGAGAUUGUAAGCUAAUGGCGGAACACUCUGAUUUAGACCAGCUCCUUGAUAGCGCUUUGGAUGAUUUCCAAAAUCUCAAUCUUACUUCUUCUGUUCAAGCUCAAAGGAGUGGAGAUGGAGAAGUGAAGAAACAUGAGAGUUGUAUUAUGCCUAGUAAUGAGGUUCAAGGCUUGGGUAUGGGUUUGCCUGACUUGAGAAGUAAGAAAAAGGGCAAGCAAAAGGUUUCCAAAGAAUCUCAUGUUUCGGAAGCUCUUGAUAAGCUUAGAGAGCAGACUAGGGAGGCUGUCAAGGGACUCGAGUCUGUCACCGGCUCGAAACCCCUUGCAGACGAUUUCGGAAAGGAUCCAAUGAUGGAGGAUUGGGUUAAGCAGUUUGAGGAGCUUGCUGGGUCUCAGGACAUGGAGUCUAUUGUGGAGACCAUGAUGCAACAACUUUUGUCAAAAGAAAUUCUUCAUGAGCCUAUGAAAGAAAUUGGAGAAAGAUAUCCAAAAUGGUUGGAAGAGCAUAAAUCUAACUUGGGCAAAGAUGACUAUGACCGUUACUCCCACCAAUAUAAACUCAUAAAAGAUCUGCUUGUAGUUUAUGAAACUGAGCCAAGCAACUUCAACAAGAUUGUUGAGCUUAUGCAGAAAAUGCAAGAAUGUGGCCAACCGCCCAAUGAUAUUGUGCAAGAGCUGGCUCCUGACUUUGAUCUGUCAAAUCUUGGCCAAUUAUCCCCGGAGAUGCUGGAGUCUCAACAGAAUUGUUGUGUAAUGUGAGGCAAUGACUUUGCUAUCAUGCUUGUUUCAAUUGCACUCUCUUUCCUUACAUUCACAUCAAUAACCUUUGGCAAAUAUUUGUGAGAAAUAAAUCUGUUUCAUUUGAAAUUAGUUGUCAAAUUAUGAAACCCCCAUAUUUUAUUGGAUUCAGAUGCUCAAUUGAUGCUUUUGGGUUGAUUCA